AUGUCCGAAGAAAAUGGUGGAUCGACUCCAGCAUUAACAGCCGCAGUUAGAAGGGAAAUAGCUAUAUAUUGCAAGGGCUUACCACUGACAAUCGUCAUUUUAGCUGGAGUUCUGGCAAGUACAAAUCCAGAGGAUUGGGAGAGAAUCCGGGAUGAAUUAAAUUUGGGCGAGACAUCUGUUACAGAACAGUGCAUGAAUACUUUGGAACUUAGCUACAAACACUUACAAGAUGAUCUAAAGCCCUGCCUUCUAUAUUUUGGAGCAUUUCCAAAAGAUGAAGAUAUUUCGGUCAGGAAGUUGUUUCAUCUGUGGAUCGCGCAUUGCACGUGUCACCUUAGGGCUGAAACAUAA